AUGAAUGGAAAUUAUUACUUCUGUCAAUUGUGUAUUAAUUCUCCUGCAUACUCCUCGUUUGAUUCUUUAUAUACACAUAUAAAUUUUCUUCAUGGCACUGAUCCAUCAUUCAAAGUACGAUGUGAAUUAAAUCCUGAAUGUGGUUCUAUCUACAGAACAUUUCCAAGCUACAAAUCUCAUAUUUAUAAAAACCAUCGAGAACUUAUUUCAAAAUCUGCUGAUAAAAAACAUAUAAUCUGUUCUAUUGACGAUGAUUCAAAUAAUAGUUUUCAAUUUUCUUAUGCUGAUGAUGGUACAUUUGAACGUGAAAUAAUUGACAAUGAGAACGACGAGAAUUUUCAAUCAACUACUGAAUAUGAUGCAAUGGAUGUUGAUUAUCCAAUAUUUACAAGAACAACUUUAGAGAAUAAUGAAGAAUCAUUUGAUAUGCGAAAAUUUCAGAAAUAUUAUACACGUUUUCUUCUAGAACUACGUGAACAAUAUUUACUUUCUCAAAACAUUAUUUUAUCAAUUACAUCCAAUUUUUCACUUUAA